AGGGGUGUGCCUUCAGCCAUUAGUCAGAAAUGGGAGACAGAGGGAUAGGCUACUUCAUUACACUUGUAGAGAAAUGUGUAAAGAAAAAUACUGAAACUUCUGCAAGAAGAACUUGGGGGUGAAGGAAUAACGUUGCAGACUCGUAUUAUUACUAAAUGAAGAGGAUUUAUCACCACCACUUGAAGAAAUGUAUAACUAUGAAAUUAUAUAAAAGAAGCUUGGAUGAAGUCGAGUAACUGUCGCGCGCCGCUGGAAAGGAUCUCUGAAAUCGGCUCUAGACUAGAGUAUCUGACGGCGAGUCUUUACUAUUUACAUCUAUAGCUAUCCCUGCUGGACAUUUGUGGAAUAACAUCUUGACAAACAGAGACGAUGAACAAGCAGAUAUAUAUCCACUAUAACUACACAGGGAAGCUGGAAAACCGUCAGAAUGGAAAAAUCACAGCUGGUGGCGUCACCUUGGAUGCUAAAACCAUCGUGUUCCUCAUCAUCUGUUGCUUCAUAAUCCUGGAGAACCUGAUUGUUCUCGUGGCAAUAUGGAAAAACCAUAAGUUCCACAACCGCAUGUACUUCUUCAUAGCCAACCUGGCGUUGUGUGACCUUCUGGCUGGGGUGGCUUAUAUCGUCAACCUCCUCAUGUCAGGGGAGAAGACCCUUCACCUGUCCCCAGUGUUGUGGUUUGUAAGGGAAGGGAGCAUGUUUGUAGCUCUGGGGGCUUCCACAUUCAGUCUCCUGGCUAUAGCUAUAGAGAGACAUCUGACCAUGAUUAAAAUGAGGCCCUACGACGCCAAUAAGAAUUACAGGGUGUUCUUGCUCAUAGGGACCUGCUGGCUCAUAGCGAUAUCCCUGGGAGCAUUGCCCAUCCUGGGGUGGAACUGCUUGGACAACCUCCCUGACUGCUCCACAGUCCUACCGCUCUAUACCAAGAAGUACGUGGCCUUCUGCAUCAUCAUCUUCAUGGCCUUGCUGCUGGCCAUGUCCGUCCUGUACAUACGCAUCUACAUGUUGGUGAGGACCAGCAGUCGGAAGGUGACGAAACAUUCUAACUCAGAGCACUCCAUGACCCUCCUCCGUACUGUCAUCAUCGUGGUCGGCGUCUUCAUUGCAUGCUGGAUGCCCAUCUUCGUCCUCCUCCUCAUCGAUGUGGCCUGUGAGCACCGCUGCUGCCCCAUUCUCUACAAGGCCGACUACUUCAUAGCCCUGGCCGUGCUCAACUCUGCCAUGAACCCUGUUAUCUACACCUUGGCCAGCAGGGAGAUGAGGAGAGCCUUCUUUAGCUUGGUCUGUGGCUGUCUGAUGAAGGGGAAUGUCUCCAGCAGCGGUGAGCCCAAUGAGCCCAAUAACCUGGAGCACAGCAGGAGCACAGCAGGAGCACAGCAGGAGCACAUCCCAUAAUAAUCCUAACAACCACAGCAGGAGCACAGCAGGAACACAGCAGGAGCACAGCCCAUAAUAAUCCUAACAACCACAGCAGGAGCACAGCCCAUAAUAAUCCUAACAACCACAGCAGGAACACAGCAGGAACACAGCCCAUAAUAAUCCUAACAACCACAGCAGGAGCACAGUAGGAGCACAGCAGGAGCACAGCC